GUGACAAGUAAACGUUCUGCUCUCUGUAUUGCAUUUGCUUUACAUGUUGGGAUGGAAACCAUGAUGAAAGGAGAAGAUUCCGAGGAAGUAGAGAUUGAUUUGGAGGACUCUAGUGACCCUGAUGAAUAUGAUAACGGGGAUGAACCUCAGACGCUGUGGAGGGCACCUCCUGCAAUGGAGGAAGAAGAAAACAUACACACGUCUGCACUUGUGGAAAUCAGUGACACCAAGCCUCUGAUAAAUGUCAGAGACCCCCGAGGUAUCAAUGACUGCCUCAAGGUGACGUUUGAGGAUGUGAUUGCUGAGCCGGUGACGGUACGCAGUGGGGACAGAGUGUGGAUCUGGAGUCAUGCCCUGUUUGAGGUGUCCAGGGUUUGGAUCUAUAGGAUUGUCACGGUGCUUCUGGCCAUUCCUGUGUCGAUCAUCUCUGGACUGCUCUUUGCCAUUUUCAGCUGCUUCCACAUUUGGAUGGUUAGUCCUUGUAUCCAGUGUCUCUCUGUUGGCACACGAUGGCUGCAGAGUCUUUGGAGUAUUGUGCUGGGCAUCAUCGUGCUUCCUUUCUGCAAGAGCGCUGGGAAAUGCUGUGCAGGUUUCAGCGUUCACCUGGCCAAGGAAUGAGACACUUAUACAUACAAUCUAGGUGUGUAAUGUGGACUCAGCCCCAGUGGACAAGUAUUUUUUAUCUUUCACUUUUUAUACAAGAACAUAAUUUUAUACCUAAAAGAAAAUCAGUUUAGAUAUCAAACAUUAAUUUUAAUAAUAACCAGAAAUUCGAUCACUUUAGGGACAAAAAAGAGUCAGCCUUUUGAGAAAUUGGGGACGCAAGGGUAAUUUAAAAAUGAAAAUAAUGAAAGUGACCCAUUUUGUGAAGCAAACUAUAGAAUAUUAUAUAUAUUUUUAUUAGGAAUUUGUGGAUGUUCCAGAAUCAUUUUUUUUAUUUUUUAAAGAAAAUUAAAUUUGGGUCUUUAUGUCUGUGUUUGGUUUAUAUAUUCAGUUACAUUUAAUCACAGCAGUAAGAAUUUUAAGCUUGAACAACAUGAAAUGAGCAACAUAGGACCUAUAAUUUUUCUAUCAUAGAAGUAAGUGAUUUCAAACUUAUGAAUACUUUGUUCUGUUAAAAGUGAAAUGUAUUAUAUUGGAUCAAUUCUUAAGGGAAAAAAUGGCAUUUAAGUCAAGGUUGUAUGUGUUUAUCUCUUUGAAAUCAUAUUAGCUCUGAACAUAAUUAUCCUGUUGAAGCUCAGUGGGAGGCAAGGGGUUACAGACAAUGAUAAAGUAGACAUGUGCAUAAUGUAACUCAUUGGGUUUCCUUUUAAGACUUAUUAUUGUGAUUGAAAAAGGACUAUUGCUUCGUAUGUUAAACUAUAUAAUUCCCUUAAUAUUUUUUAUUUAUGUAGCUAAAGUUUUGGGUAUGUUUUUGAA